AUGGCUCUGAGAAUGAUAAUUGGCGCUUUGAAGAGAGCAUACCCGAGAGUGCCGGUGAUGACCACAGACGAGCUACAGCAUUUAAUGAAGAAGACCGCAUCACAGUCAGGUUACAGAAAGCUCGUCUUGUUGGUAAGCAAGAGAUGUUCUACGUCAUUAGUUUUUUCAGCUGUUUGUAUACUGUGUAUACCGCAGACCUCGGUGCGCAGUUUCCAAAGAGUUCAUGAAACUCUGUCCCUUGUUAUCGGCUUGCGUUGCCCUUGCGGUUAGUGCUAACUUACAGCUUUCAAUCGAGAACUAAAGCUAAAUAUGUACAGGAAAAAUUCAAAACUCGCCCUAGGUUUAUUAGAUUUUGUACUAGACAACAACCAACAACAACCAACGUCAACAGUAAUUACAAAUUUCGUGACAAUAAACACUGUCUGCAGCAAGCUUAGCCAUCAAAGUGUAGGUGGCAUAGUGCAUAUACAAGCCUAAUUAGACAGGGUUACAACAGUGUUGACACUCAGUGUAGCUGAGACAAAAAUACACUUUCGGAACAUAGCAAGAGGAGCCUAACAGCACUUUGAUAUACGGCUGUUGUUGCUGCUGUUUUUGUUGUUUCUGUUUUAUCUUUUUCAAAAAUUCGUUCAGUUUUAAUGUAAGCAGCAACGUUGAACGGUUUCAAAGAGCCGCACUAUAAACAAAAAUGGGGCACAAAAGCCAGACAAGGUCGUGACAUGCAUGUAACAUGGGGUGCUCAACUCAAGAGUAUCAGACAAUUUCCGGGAUUAUAAACUCGAUGGAAAAACAUCAUCGCUGCUUUAUAGUCACGAAAUUAUUGUUUACCAAGAAUAGGAGGUGAUAACUGAGUAAUUUUUCUCUUGGAUUUGACCGUCUUUUUUUCGCGAAGGAAGCGAUUCUAUUCAUUACGUAAUUAAAACGUAGCUGCACUAUCCUUUUAAAUUUGCAUUAUGCAUCACAUUAAACUCACGCAAACUGCGUUUAGAUAGAAGGCAGAUAAACUUUAUUUAAACCACGAGCAAUUCAUCAGCAAUUUACCAAAAGUUAUGAAACUGUAACUACACAGCUCUGAUUAUAUUAAACUAAGCAUUGAACUACACUAUAUUCAGGAGCGUAGCGACCAUAUACUCACAUACGCACGUGCGUACCUCAAAAGUUUAAAAAUAGAGAUUUUUUAUAGACCUUCUCACGGUUUUCGACGCCAUCUUGAUGAGUAGGCAAACGCGUGAGAAAUUACAGUGUUCCUUCAUUCCCCUCCCCCUCCCCCGUCAUUAAUUUUUUUUUUUGCUCUUGUCCCAGUUUUCUAGACGAACCUCGCGAGGAAACGCUUGGUACGCAGGCUAUGUUUGCAUGAGAAUCUACUGUCGAAUAAUUUCCCUAGAACGGCUGUUCUGAAAAAAAAUAUCGGUUGUAAACUAAAGUUUCACUCCUAAGGAUUCUACUGAAAAAAAUCGAGGGCCUUACAUGUGCUAGAAGAUCUAGAACCACUUUUUUAAAUUUUCAAAACAUUUGUAAGAAAGUCCCGGGAAAAAUUACAGACAAAUAUAUGGAAAUCUGAAGCAAGCCUCUGGAGAAAUUUAAGAACAGGUACGCCCCCAAAUUUUUUUAGUCCAAUCCUUUGCUUUGUAGCUUUAGUUUACAGUUAUAUAUUUUUUUAAACAGCUGUUUUACGGAAAUUAUUCGACAUUACAUUCUCAUACAAACACUGUAAUCAGGAUGGUAAUUUCUCACAAGUUUGCCUACUCGCCAAGAUGGCGUCGAAAACCGUGACAAGGUCUAUUUAAUUAUUUAUUUCUUUAUUAUUUAUAGAUUUUUUUGACGAAAAGAGACCUUUACACAUGCACCCUUUUCUUUUGUAUUGCUGCUAUUUUACGAGAAGAAAACUUUGUGAAAAUUGCUCUAUUUGAACAUUCCAAUAUGGGUUCAAAACCCUGCGACUUUUUUAGCCGGAGUGUGAUUAACAAGGUCAAUGAAGCGGAACCAACCGAAAGUGAAGUUUCUUUUUGAAAAUUGAAUCAAAUAAUUUUAAAAAGGUUUUUUGUCCUUCUAGAAUUCUCGAUUUACCAGAAGAGGACGUGAUUUUUCGUUGUUUAUAUAUUUUUGCUUUAAGAAAAAAGUUAUGAAAUACAUAAAGAAAAAAGUGAAACCACAACUCUGGUCGACGGGACCCUUGAUGACGCAAGCCGCCAGUUCUAUCCAGGGAUGUAUGUCGCUUUUGUCACUUUGCUAACGUAUCCUGUGUCAACCUGCGCAGCCGAAGGCAGUUUUAGCGGCAUGAAGGGACUCAAAAACCCCUCUUCGUAGCACUAUGAGUGAGCCACUUUGGCAAUGCACCACAUACACAAGCGCAAGAAUCGUGAUAUUGACAAAGUAGUUUCCGAAUUCCCGUUGUAAAGGGAGACGCCUGACUUUUUUCCUGUUGCCACAUUUACAGUUUAUAACUAAUAUACACAUAUAUCAGUAGUACUAAAGGUUGACAAAUAAACAACAAAGUUAAUGAAAAGUUAGCUUUUUUCCAUGCUAAGUUAUUUAUGAAACUUCCACCUGAAAAUCAUGGGAAAUAGCAUUUCCGAGGCCCUAAAAAUAAUUAAAAAUUUUUCUUGAGGAGUAUGCCCCCAGACCCCCUAGAGGCUUGCGCCUUUGGCGCUUGUUUCACUACGCCUUCCAGCGCGUACCUAACCGGAAAAACCACGCUACGCUCCUGAUAUUAAAAAAGCUGCUUUCCGUGAAUGCCGUGCCUUAAAGAGCUUUACCCAGUGAUGGCGCGUUUGAACGACCCGAGGGACUCUAUGCACCUGCCUCUCGGGUGCCUCAAUUUAUUUUGGGGGACUUGAAACAAUUUCCACCCAGAAAAAACUGAACCAUCUUUUGUUAAAAUGUUGAAAAACAAACGACACAAAGAGAAAUUACGGCCAAAGGAGUUCGUCAUCAUCACCUGCCUUCACCCUGGAGUUCCACUUGCAACCAAUAUUUAAGUCUCACAUAACGUUCGUUCAGACUUUUUAAAAUAAAAACUCCAUGUUAGAUUUCUUUUCCCGCGAAGUUGCUCGUUUUUCACCACAAAGGUGUUUGCUGGAAAUCUUACUCUGCUCUGAUUGGCUUAGACUUUUUUUGGCGCGAAAGAUGAUUUGUUGUCGUACACACCUCCGUGGAUGAUAAAAAGAAAGAUGGAGGAUCUUGGCUGUAGGGUUAAAAUGUUAUUUAUUUAUUUAUUUAUUUUAUUAUUUUGCCACACACAAUGAAUUACAAGCAGAAUAAAAACGAUAAUAAAUAGGUUAACUAACAUUAAAUUUAAAAUUUGUGCAUUACUUGGGAGGAGUGACUGUGGCGGGGAAAUCUCCGAGAAGCCGAGCUUAUGAGGAAUAGAGAUUUCCCCGCCACAGUCACUCCUCCCAAGUAAUAUGGUCUUUUAUAUGGUCUUCAGUCGCCAGGAGUUUACGCACAGUUAAAACUAAAAAACAUUGUGCGUCGAAUGGCUAUCGUAUUGAGAUUAAAGCUUCAAUCUCUUCUAUUGUAUUGCGGAGCAAUAAACCAUGUUACCAUGAUUACAUGGUAGCAGUUGACCUUGUUUUGAUACAACCCUUUCCGCUUUCUUAUGUAAAUCUUGUUGUUAUUGCGCUAACUAGUAUAGCUUAGUAUUUUUAAAGCAUAGUUUUUGUAAGAAAAUAAAGGAAGUUUUUAUCAAAACUUGGUCAAACUCAGCCUCGCAUUCCUGGUCGAGGACUAGGGUCAGUACUAAGACAACAACAGUAAAAUAGUCCGGCUAUUCCUAGGUCCUAUAAGGCCUUCCUUAGAAAUCGCACCUUGUGUGAGAAAGCCGCCGAGAAACGUAUUGCCACAUUUGGUUUUGCAAUAAAAAUAAUCUAUCUCUAUAGCUAGAGGCACCUAAAAUAUCGACGAUAUGUCUGUUAUUUCAAGGUACAUAUAUUAUUUCCACCAAGUGUCCGUCGAACAGCGGACGUGGUUAAUGGAGCUAUCCAUUAUCCUCAUCCCUUAAAAGCUGAAUGACUCUUCUUACGAUUUAGACAGCUUCGUUGUGUUUAAACUGAAAGGUUAUUGUGCAUUUGAACUGCUCAACAGACAAAACAUAACUAUGACGGGUCAACUAUACUUUAGUCAACUAUAACCAACCAUUAUCUUAAGUUGUUUGACAUGUUUUACAGUAGCAUUCGAAGAGAAAAUUGACGCUAUGAUUACGUUAAUUUGAGCGCAGUGAAUUAGAACGUGUAAAGACUUUCCCUUAACAACAGUCCCAUAGUUGUCCAACGGUCUUAAUGGCCUUCGUCUUAAAGAAAAUUGUGACAGUAUUGAUGCACCAAAAAAUUCACUUAUUUACAAAACUGAGGGUAAUAAAUAAACAAAUAAAUAAAUGAAUAAAUACAUAAAUCCUUAUGUACUCACUGUGAGAGCCAGAAAGAUCACUUGAUGCUAAUUCUACAAAACCCACGUAACUGAGAAGCUCUUUACACAACCCAUGACAAAAUCAUUUAGCUAUCAUUUGCAGGUAUGGAAUUGGAACAUUGGAAAUAAUAAUAAAAAAAAGCUGUUCGUUUGAGUAAACAACCUGUAUGCGACCAAUCUGAGCUAUAAAAUGUGCCUUUUGAAUGUUAAUAUUAUAUCACGGUACUGGCUUGUUUAAGACACCAAGAGGGAAUAGUCGCAAAUUGAAGCUCCCCGGCGGAUCAACUCAAGAAUGCGUGAAAGCGACAGAUCACAAAAUAAUGUUGUCAUGAAAAUCAGUUAUAAUAUGUCGCCUCGUGAUAAAACAAAAUCAAACAGGAAGCCUGGAAGAGACUUAAAUGUCGUUUUUGCCGAAAAGUCUGGUCAAAAUCAAGUUUUUGGAAUGGCAACGCUUGCGGAAUAUAAAACUCGUAACAUCUUCUGAACCGUUUUGUUGUCAGCCUAUCCAGGGAAAAAAGUUUUGAAAAUGUCGACGGGUAUGAAGCAAUUAAACGAAUUUACUUGGACUAAACGCCGAAUCAUUUACUCAUGCGACUCCUUAAGUUCGCUAGCCAUAACUUUUAAAAGUUAUUUGUCGUCAUCAACUACCUAAUUUUGAACAGCCAUAGCCACGAUUAGCCGGCUGUACUAUUGGCAAUUAACUGAUUAAAAUUAAAAAUCUGUCUUCACAACCAUAAUCAUAAUCAUAUUCGUCAUGAAUCGUGCUAUUUUCAUCAGUAGUUUUCAACCAUGAAGGAAAUGUUGGAAUCAUUUUAAAACGGCUUUUGAAUCUUACAGUUUCUUGGUGAAAAUCCUGGGCAUAUCCACGGCCGUUUCCAUAUCUUCACCGAAUUUCUUGAGAAGAACUCUGGUCUGCUGCCUUCGUUUCUGAGUGAGCUCUUUUUCAGUGGCCUCAACCAUUCCAAUCCUUCGUACCUUUUGGUCGUCAUGAUCCGCAGCGUUAUUACUUGAGCUCUGUUGUAUUCUCUCAGGAAUAUCCUUACACUGAUAAGCACUAUCAGUGUUGCUGAGAUCAAUGUCUUCUUGUUCAUCGGCUUUUUGCAAGUUGCCGUGCGUUUCACUGUUCUCAAUCUCAACAUGGAUGUCCUCUGGGCGUAUCAGUUCCCCUUUACUGCUAAAAUAUUUUUCCCGUGACGUUCGAGUGCUUACAUACAUUUCUUCACUAGUUUGGUUUGAGCAAAUGGAUUGAUUCACAGUAGCCUCGACGCUCAAACUCUCCGCCAUUUGAUUUAUCGGUUGCCUCCUUUACAGAAAUAGCUAUCCAGUUGUUGUGGUGCAGCUUAUAUAGGCUUUUUUGUCGUUGUUUUUUUCUGCAUUGUUAAUUUAAGAAAAAAAACAAAAUGUGGUUAACGCCCUUUAAAUGGACCGGAAAAGGAUUGAAAAUAGAUUAACGAAUAUAAACGUUCCGCAACAGCAGCAAUAAUAACAACAACAACAAUAUCAUUUCUUUUUUAAUUCCAGAUUUUACUUUUACAGUGAUAGGCUUUUAAGUACAGCCUUGGAAAACGAAAUCUAAUUUUAUUUAAUAUCAAAAAGUAACAUUAAAAACAAAUAGUUUUAGGUAUUGUAUAUCGUAACGUAAAUUAGUUAUUACGAUGUACGUGUUCGCUUCAAGGCUUGUCCAUAUUUGGCAAUUGCCAAGAUCCGUAUUUUUCACUAAGAACCUCUUUUGCUCAAGUCACGUUUUAGGCCACGCCCUGCUUAAACUGAUACUCAUUUGCCAUAUUUGAAAAGAGGAGGUCGGCUCCUGAGGACGUCUAAGAGGGUGCUAGUGGGGGUACCUAGUUCUCAGUUAACUACUAAUUUUUCGGCCAAAUAUCAGUUAACUACUAUUUUUUUGGCCAAUUCUCAGUUAACCACUAAUUUUGGUUAGCUAUUAACUUUUACUUUCCUACAGCAAAUAUUAUUCUGUCAUAACCGGAAUUUUCUUUACAUCAGCACGUCGAUCACUUUUGGGGGCAGGCCUUACUAAAAUCAAGUUAUAAAUUUACAUGAAUUCACAUAAACUCCACCACUAGUACAAUUUAUAAGUAAUUAAAAAUAUGAAAAAGAACAUAAUUAUCUUACCGAAGUAGCAAAAAUGGGUAAGCGAUAGCUAUUAGGACACCUAUUUACAGAUUUUUGCUGUAAGUACAAAUUAGAUCAAGUCGUAUAACCAUCAUUAUGACAACAGCCCCAUAGAUCCAGACGCACCAGUGAUGAUCUCGUACUGAUCUUCCCGAACUGGUCAUGCAUGUCCUGCCAUAAACUACUUCAAAGUCACCUUUUUUGUCACUUUCAUUAUCUGAAUCAGUCAUAUACUUAUCUGUUUGAAAUUACUGUAUGCGUCAUGUAUCUUAUUGUUGGCCUAAGUUUCAAUCCAUUGCCAAACCUUGCAAUCCGUUGCAACGGACGACGAGAAACAAUAUCAAUGCCAAAAUAAAGUCUUAAAUACCAAAACUGGACCAUUAUUUUUGGAAUUCAGUUGAUGCCAAAAAAAGUUUUAGCUUUUUACAAAGAUAGCAAAUAACAUGUCAUAGUCCCAUGACGCUGGUGGUAAAGAUCCCGCUUUAUCUUGAGUUGAUUCGCUUCUUAUAGUUCGUUGUCAACUGACAGGUCGAAAGUUCUCUAUUCAGCUCACCCCCAUCCCAGCUUCAUAUUCUUUUGUCAUUGUUUGCACCGAUGGGAGAGACAUAGUUGAUAGUGCUAACAAAGGCAUGAAAGUAUUUGAAGUUAGAAACCGCGUUUAGGUUUUCCACCUGCGUCGUCAGAAGUUUUUUUUACCUCGAUACAGACUUUGUCGACAUCCUCGUUCGCGUCCCUCAGUGUUACCUUUUUCGCCUAUUUCAAAAGCGUCAUAAAGAUAUCCAAAGGUUUUAAGAAAUGAAACUGUUUCAGAAAGACCGGUUUGAACACGAGCUAGCUUAAUAGUCUCAACAGCUGGAACUGAAACAUCGGUUACAAAAAUGUUAUCUCGUAAGUACAAAUUCCAUGUACUUAAGUGAAAGAUUCUGAUUUCUUUGAGCCAUCAGAAAUUCUAAUGCUAAGAGUCACAGCUUUUUUCUUUGGUAGUAAUGUUUAACUUGACGUCCUUUUGGGUCUGUGAUAACAGUAUUUCCUUAUCCGAAUACAAAAAUCUUGUUAAUAUUAGAAUUACGAAUUAUUCGUUGAGUUGUCUACAACCAGCUCUAUGACGGACGCUUUCUGUUUGCCGGGUACUGCUCUGGUGCCUUUUGCACAUGAUAAUCUGAUUCGUUAAUGUGCCACAGGGUCAUUGAUCAUUAGCGGGACAGAAAAAAAAAAUCAGAAAAUAGCAUUUCUGUUUGCAAAACUUUGUUGCUUUCAUUGACAUCAACGAUGGUACUGAGUCUAAUUAAUAGAAUGUCACGUAACUGUUAACUUUUCAUUUCUCAGUUAACUACUAGUUUUUUGGCCAAAUAUCAGUUAACUGCCAGGGGCACCCAGCGACUGUUUUCUGUAAAAUAUUUGUUCGGAGAAGCAAAAAUUGCCUAAGAUUUUCUAUAGCUUGAGGAAGGCUAAAAAUUUCUAGAUGACCGUCCCAUUUAAUAUGUACUACAAUUUUCGCAGCAUAUCUAAUAAAUUCGCUACGAUUUUUUAAAGUUUAAUUUCGCAUUUUAGUCCCCAAGUCAGGCUAUUUUUCGUAGCAAAAGGAAACCUAAAAUUUUCGGAUUCGAAAAUGCGACGGAGAGAAGAAUCAGAAAAAUUAUCAUUCUCGUAAAACUUAAAAUUGCAUCUUAAAUUUUCGGGAAAAUAAUACCGAAGCCCUUAUAAUUUCGGAAAGACUCAAGUUGCCCUAGGACGAUCGAACAGAUACAAAUUUUAUAGCGCCGCUUAGAAUGCAUUUCUAGAGAUCUAAAAGUACCCUAGAUAGCCUAAAAAGUGUUGUCAGUGCAUUUAGGGGGAAACCAUCGUUGGGUGCCCCUGAACUGCCAACCCCACAUUAGCACCCUUUGAGACGACUCGUUGAGCAUAAUACUCACUGAAAUGCGGGAAAGACUUUUCCAAUGGCCUGAUAUAAUUUGUCCCGGUGACUUUUAUGUUUAAAUGCGAUUAUUUUAAAAUUCUUUGGGCGCAUAAAACCUGCUUCGUUUAACAAUACACACAACUUUUUGUUGUGCGCCAUAUUUCAGGCGCCAUGCUUGUGAAACAACGCAGUAAUUACAAAAGUUGUUGCUUCAAAAAUCGUUCCAGUAAAAUUCGAUAUGAACGCCUGGAACAGACUAGUGGUAUACAGGGUUCACUGGUCUGCGCGGAGCAGGAGGUCGCGGGAUCGGAUUCCUUCCAUUGGCCUGGCCUGCGAAUGGCAAGACACUCCGGCGUUACUCGGAUGGCCAGGUAGAAAAAACGGUCCUGUCUCCAGCCAUUUUGUAGCAGAAAAAUACAAAACGAAUCUAAAAGAAAAGCCAGACUAACAAGGCCACAGGAAAACAAACUCUGACUUUUAUGCACAACAUUCAAUGUAAUACUGUUUGGCACAGGAAAAUAACCGACUAGAUCCUGCAGUAAUUUCUUUUUCUAAUUUAUAUUUGUUUUUAAUCGGUCCUUUUUUACCUCAACAGGACACGCGCGAGGAAAAAGAAUUCAGAGUCAGCCGGUUAGCUAACGCGAUACGUCUGGACCCUGCGGAAGCCGAUUUGACCAAAGCCAUGAAGAUGAUCCAGAAAGAAGGUAUGACUGCAAAAUGCCUUGCGUCCAAGGUGACACUGGAUUACACUCCUUUUUCUAUAAUUAAUUAACGGGCAAUUAUCCCAAACCAUUUCGCAGUACCCACCCCCUCCCGGGGUACUCCCUAUGCGGAGAUAAAUGCGUUUACAGCAGUUAAAACGAUGCAAAGUUCUGAACUAGGUAUGUAAAUAAGGUACCAUUUAUGAUAGAAUAGAAUUCGUUUAAAACAUGUAAGUAAAAAAGUUUAAAGGCAUUUUUAAAUGAAAUACCCACUGGUUUUUGUUUUUAUUUUAGCUGGGACCUCACAAGAUCCUAUGGCAGUAGUAUGCUACUGUGCUGUUGGUUGGCGGGCAAGCAUCAUGUCACAGCGGUUAUUAGACGAACUAGAAAAACCUGAAAAUCAGGAUAUCAAGUCUAGCAUGGAAGUGUACAGCUUAGAAGGGGCCAUUUUCAAAUGGGCCAAUGAAAGGAAGGACCUUGUUGACCCGGAUGGAAAGGACACGGAUUCGAUACAUACUUUCGACCGUUUCUGGGGAAUGUUAGUUGAUAAAGAAUUGAGGAGAGUCGACCCUUAAUUGUUCUUUAGCCGGCUCUCCUUGCUCCUCGCAGGGAGUUUGAAAUUUUUCGGUUUUCAAAUUAAUUUUUAGAAUGCAGCAAGAAAGAAUAAUGGCACAGAGAGGAAAACCCCCAGUCUAGCCCUUAGAAUAUGUGUGAAUUUCACCACAUUCAGUUAUCUUAGAUUGCUUCAAAUUAAUUGGAAGUUGGUUUCCGGAGAGGUCCACAAACUUCUACUUAGUGUUGUUAAGAUAGAAUUCAACAGUCGCCAUGACAAUAUUCUGCACUGUUUGCUUUGAGGCAGUUGUGAAUGGACUUGACGGUUUUGAACAAUGCAUUAAAAUGUUGGGGCAUCUCAGAAAUUAGACUUCCAUUUGGGUACAACCUCUAAAAAUAACUUAAGUGAAACUCGCCUAUCCCGGCCAACACCCUAAGAUUCUCUCUCAUCUAUAUUAUUCUCUCUUGAAUGUAAGCAGCACCGUGUACCACAAGUGUUGCGAAGCAGGAUUUUUGCUCCUUGUUGCUCAUGUUACAUAUACACCAGAAGCGACACUUCACAGUCUAAUCAUCUUUAGAUAUGUACACCCAAACUAGAUAUCAACAAAAAGGUUUAGGUACAUGUAGGAAGGUUAUAGAGACCAGAACCUGAGUAUGAAAAUGUAUAAAUGUCAAUGUUUAUAAUAAACUCUCUAAAGUAGAACAGAAGACUUUUAAAACGAGAAAUAAAUUGUGUAGUUGUCAAACAAU